CGUUCUCAAGCUUCCUCAAGCUCCCAACACCACUACCACUCACCAGCUCUCACCACCACCACUUUCUACAUCAACAUGUCCGGCAAAGGCAGCGGCAAGGCCAAGUCUGGUGGCAAGGCUUCCUCUGACUCCAAGGCGCAGUCGCGCUCCGCCAAGGCUGGUCUCCAGUUCCCCGUUGGUCGUGUCCACCGUCUCCUGAAGAAGGGCAACUACGCCCAGCGUGUCGGUGCUGGUGCACCUGUCUACCUCGCCGCCGUCCUUGAGUACCUCGCCGCCGAGAUCCUCGAGCUGGCUGGCAAUGCCGCCCGCGACAACAAGAAGCAGCGUAUCGUGCCUCGGCACUUGCAGCUCGCCAUCCGGAACGAUGAAGAGCUGAACAAGCUCCUCGGCGACGUUGUCAUCUCGCAAGGCGGUGUCGUUCCCUUCAUCAACCCCGAGCUUCUGCCCAGCAAGACGUCCAAGGGCAAGAAGGACUCGCAGGAGGUCUGAGCACUUCUCUUGCUCUCUCCUAGGCUGCCUCCCGCGUGCCGUAGGGCGCUCGGUGCGGCGGCCCACUACUAGACCUGGCUUAUUCGCUUUGUUUGGGGGUGUACGAUGGCUGUAUUCUAUAUUCUUCUAUUUUAUUUCUUCAUCUAUCCCUACAUGCCUAGGAUAGUCGCCUUUUCCACUAUGCGUACAUAGGCGAUCAUGAAUAGAUUGUUCUUUACGCGGAA